GCAAUUAUCGGACGCAGCAGACUCAAAAACCACCCCUCUCACUUUCGCCUUCUCCGCGUUCUACCAUCUCAUCGCUCUCUAUUUCAUUUUCUCUCUCUAGAAACCAGAUCUCUUCUCUCUCCCCCUCUCUCUCUCUUUCUCUCUUUCUCGCUCUUACGCUCACUCUCUAGGUUCGGAGAAAUGGCGGCAGCACCAUCGCCACGGGAGGAGAACGUAUACAUGGCGAAACUGGCGGAGCAGGCAGAGCGUUACGAGGAGAUGGUUGAGUUCAUGGAAAAGGUGUCAGCCGCAGCCGAUAACGAGGAGCUGACGGUGGAGGAGAGGAACCUUCUCUCGGUGGCGUACAAGAACGUGAUCGGAGCUAGGCGUGCGUCGUGGAGGAUUAUCUCUUCCAUCGAGCAGAAGGAGGAGAGUCGCGGCAACGAGGACCACGUUGCGGUGAUCCGUGACUACAGAUCCAAGAUCGAGUCGGAGCUCUCCAACAUCUGCGACGGGAUCUUGAAGCUCCUCGACACCCGCCUCAUCCCCUCCGCCUCCUCCGGCGAUUCCAAGGUCUUCUACCUUAAGAUGAAGGGAGACUACCACCGGUAUCUCGCCGAGUUUAAGACCGGCGCAGAGCGCAAGGAGGCAGCCGAGAGCACCCUCGCGGCUUACAAAUCUGCUCAGGACAUUGCUAACGCGGAGCUGCCACCAACUCACCCAAUCAGGCUGGGUCUUGCUCUAAACUUCUCUGUGUUCUACUACGAAAUCCUCAACUCUCCGGAUCGUGCUUGCAACCUUGCAAAACAGGCUUUUGAUGAAGCCAUUGCUGAAUUGGACACACUUGGAGAGGAGUCUUACAAGGAUAGCACUUUGAUCAUGCAACUCCUCCGUGAUAACCUCACCCUGUGGACCUCUGACAUGCAGGAUGAUGGAGCAGAUGAAAUAAAAGAAGCUCCUAAACCAGAUGAACAGCAGUAAACAAAUUUUUACUGCUAAUUAGAAUUGAACUUCUCCUCUAUAUGUUUUUCAAAGGAGAAGCUGCUUGUUUGAUCUCGUUUGGGUACUGAGAUUUUAGGCAUUCAUGUCUGUUAUGAAUUAUGGAUGUAUUGGGCCGUUUUUAGUUUGUCCUUCCUUUUAAGUGUUUCUAAAUUGCUUAUUUUCUUGAGGACACCCAAGUUUUUAUUACAUGGAAUUGGAAUUUUAAGAUUCACUUCA